AUGGCUGAGCGCAUCCUAAUGAACGAGUUUCGCACUCUUUCCAAAGAGAAAUGGGUCAAUAUCGAGCUUCACAACGAAGAUAUCUUCAGGUGGGAUGUCGCACUGAUCGUACUGAACCAAGACUCUCUUUACCACGGCGGCUAUCUCAAGGCUUCGAUGACCUUCCCACGAAACUACCCAUACUCCCCACCAGAAUUUCGUUUUUUGGUACCGCUCUACCACCCAAACAUAUACCCGGACGGGCGGCUCUGCAUCUCCAUCCUGCAUCCUCCAGGCGAGGACGAAAUGUCCGCGUUGGUCACCUGCCCAACGAGUAGAAUCCGUGUUGAUCUCUAUCCUUUCCCUACUCGACGACGCCGAAGUCUCCUCCCCGCGAAUGUCGACGCUGCAGUCAUGCUGCGCAAAGACCCGACCAAGUACCACGCUACCGUCAAGGCCAACGUAGACGGAUCUCGUAAGCUGGCCCCGCCCGGUUUCACGAUGCCUGUGGAGGAAGCUCCAUCGCGUGACAUGGAAAAAGACGACGACGAUUUCUGGAUGGAUAGCGACGUCGACAGCGAUCCUUUUGGUGGCAGUGACUCGGACGAUGAUAUGGAUCAGAUGAGCGCCAGUGAAGACGACGAUGACGAUGAUGACAGUGAGGAUGCUGCCGAAAGCCCUCAGCGGUGA